AUGAAGCGCCGGCUGACCGACCGCGGCGCGCGCAAGCGGCUCGGCGCGUACGAAAAGCACGCGGAGAUCGGGCGCGGCACGUACGGGACCGUGUACCUCGGGUACCACGCCGAGUCGCGCGCGCCGGUCGCGCUGAAGAAAGUGCUGGGGCCACUCCCUGCCGCCCGACACGAGGCCGCUAUGCUCACAAAGUGUCGAGGCGCAGCGCACGUGGUGCAGCUCUUGGAGGUCGUGGAGCGCCGAGAGAAGCUCUACUUGGUCAUGGAACACAUGGACAGCGAUCUCGAGACGCUGAUUAGUGCGACAGCGAGCGUGCCGACGCUGGCGAUUGCACAAGUGAAGGCGUACUUGAAGAUGCUGCUGCUUGGCGUGCACGAGCUGCACGCGCGUGGGAUUCUCCAUCGGGACUUGAAGCCCAAUAACCUGUUGCUGUCCAAGACGCAGCGGUGUGCCAAGAUCACGGACUUUGGCAUGGCGACAGCGAUCGAAGUGGCAAGUGGACACGAAGAUGAUUGGGACGAUAGAGACACGGAUGGGAAAGCUAGCGUCGAGGAGAAGGAGAACCCCAAGCGGUCGGUGCAAGUUAUCACGAGGGCGUAUCGGCCACCCGAGAUCUUUUUCGGUCAAGAGAGAUACGGCUGCGAAGUCGACAUGUGGUCCGUCGGCUGCAUCUUUGCCGAGAUGCUGCUGCGUCGCCCGUUUGCCGAUGGGUCCUCGGACAUUGACCAGCUCAGCAAGAUUUUCGCUGCGUUGGGAUCUCCCCACGAGAACGGGUGGAGCGAAGCGAGUCAGUUGCCGUUUUACCUCCGGUUCAAGGACACGAAGCCGACACCGCUGGCAGAGCAAUUUCCCAUGCUGUCAGCUGCUGGCGUUGAUCUGCUGUCUCAGAUGCUGCAGCUCGAUCCGAAGAAACGUAUCUCGGCGUCCAAGGCACUCGAGCAUGAGUUUUUCAGCGAAGACCCCGAGCCGGCAGUUCCGUCCGAUCUGCUAGUCGUAGACGUUCCUGACCGUGUCGAGUCGUCAGCUGCUGAGGGCACCGACGUCGUCGCCGCGUCAGACGCAAGCCAUACAUUUAUGAUCAAAGGUCGACGCCUUUUGUAG